AUGGGCGAGGAGGCUCGGGUCGGCCGGGCCAGGGGGCCCCGGGUGCUUGAACGAGCUAGAGAGGAGAUGGAGGCCCUUGUCCACACAAUUCUUGAGCGGAAGCAGGGGAAGGUGGCGCACCGCGAGCAGACCGGCGGGGGGGAAGGCGGCUUCUGGGGUUUUCUCGGUGAGAGCUUGAGCAAGUUCUGCUCCUCCUGGAUGACGACGGGGGACAGAGUGAGAGAGUGACACUCUUGAUGCACGUACUAUAUAUGUUAUGAGUCAUCUAUUGCGGUGGUGUAUGUAGUGUGUAUUUUCUGCUGGUGCCUGUUGCUCGGGCGAGUCCGAGAGCAUGGGGGGCAGCCGGCGGCGUCGCGGUGGCGCUCUCCGGCUGCGUCGUCGUGGCACGGCGGGUAAGGGUGAAAAUACCCGGCACGGGGAGUCCCUCACUCUCUCCCUCUCUCCCCUCUCCUGUACGAGGAGGAGAUCCCCGGAAUUAAUCUCCAGUCAUGCCUCGUUCCCAUCGAGCCACUGGAAAUCGUCUGGUCUCCAUCAGAGGUUACAUCAUUCCUCGGCCCCUCUCUCUCUCUCUCUCUCUCUCUCUCGUUCUCUGUCCGCUGUUGCUCAGGGGGGGGGGGAGGCGGUCGGAAAGGUGCGGCCUUUGAGGACUGGGUCGGGGGAUUGACGUCAGCGGCGCUGCUAGGAGAAGAGGGAAGGUCAAACUGGUCAUGCAAAAUCACCGUCGUCUCCAGUUUGACUGACGGGCAGUCUCUGGGCUUCCACACCUUGUUGGGAACUCCAUCCCCGGCGCUGCAGUCAAGGCACCCUAA